UAUCAUCGCAAUGUAGAGUUGUACAAAUAGAUUCCCUUCAUAAUUCGCAUAAAUCAGUCAUCAGACUCACAUCCCGGCAAAAAUAGCUAGACUACCCCACUUCUCCCCCACCAUCAACAAGACUCAACCACCUCAACGCAUCUCAUCCUCCAUCACUACAAACCACAAGACCACUCCUAUCGAUCCUAUCUUUAUUCACGAAACAAAACGCCAAAAUGUCCGCCUACCUCAACACCAUCACCAAUACCUCCUCUUUCACCCCCGAGGUCCAAAAUGCCGCGGCCACUGCCGCCACGCUGAGCGGCGAGCAGGCCGAGCUGCUCAAGAAGGGCUUCGAGUAUGCGACGCAGGUCGUCAAGAUGUUGGAGAAGGAUCCUGCGCCGGAGGAGAAGUUGGAUCUGUACAAGUACUACAAGCGCGCGAACAACGAUACCCCCGCUCAGCCGUCGAUGUUCAACUUCGAGGCCAAGUACAAGUACAACGCCUGGAAGGAGAUUAGCCACAUCAGCGAGCAGAAGGCUCUGGUCCUCUACAUCAAGCAGGUUGACACUCUUAUCAACAAGUACGGCACCCGCUCGUAAGCGCAUCUACGCGCGUGUUUGGCAUACAUAUGGCUUUUGGUAGUCUUUUUUUUGGGAGGAUAUCGCU